GCAUGAAUUACCUCUUGAAGUCAUCAGUGAGGAUUUACGACUGGUCAACAAAGGCACGUGAUUCCCGAGCGCGCUCCCAUAUUUGGCGACAUACCUGGCAAAGUACAGUAGGGCUUCAUUGCUUAUAAUUCAUGAUUGCGUCCAUAAAUCGUGCAAGCACACAAGGAUUAUAGCGACAAAGAUCUACAAAUCGAGGCUUUAAAAAAGCAAGCAAAUGAGCUCGUACUUUGUAAACUCGUUCUCAGGGCGCUACCCAAAUGGCUCCGACUAUCAGUUACUAAAUUAUGGGACUAACGGCGCAGUGAGCGGCUCCUUCAGAGACCCUGGCACCAUGCACUCCGGGUCCUUCGGCUACAACUACAAUGGCAUGGACCUAACCGUGAACCGAGCCAACAACGGCGGCGGCGGCGGUGGCGGAGGCGGCGGAGGCGGCGGCGGUCACUUCGGGGCGGUGCAGCAGCGCGAGGACGCCCGGGGCUUCGGCUACCGCCAGACGACCACCUGCUCGCUGUCGUCCCCGGAACCCGCGCAGCCUCAGCCGCCGCCGUGCGCCGCCUCCGCCGCAUCCGAGGGGAAGGGCGCCUCCCCGGCUUGCGAGCGCGCCACGGCGGCCAACAAAAGCGGCGGAUUCCCGGAGAUCGACGACCCGAGCGCCGCUGCUUCCGAGACCGAGGACCGCGGCGGUUCCGGCUCGGGCUCGGGCGCCGCCCAACGGGCUCAGGAGCCCGGCGGCCUCGCCACCUCGUCCGCCCCCACAGCCAACGAGUGCCACGCACCGCAGAUCUUCCCCUGGAUGAGGAAGCUGCACAUCAGCCACGACAUGACCGGACCGGACGGCAAGCGGGCCCGGACCGCCUACACCCGCUACCAGACGCUGGAGCUGGAGAAGGAGUUCCACUUCAACCGCUACCUGACGCGGCGGAGGCGGAUAGAGAUCGCGCACGCGCUGUGUCUUUCCGAGAGACAGAUCAAAAUCUGGUUCCAGAACCGCAGGAUGAAGUGGAAGAAGGACAAUAAGCUGAAGAGCAUGAGCCUGGUGACGGGCGCCAGCGCCUUCCACAACUGAGCCCCGAUCACCUUCGCCAACACCCCCCCCCCUCCCUCCACCCCCUUCCACGGCGACCCCCGGCCAACCUCUGCUGCCGCUGCUAUGGAGGUGAAAACGUUCUUGAAAUAAUAUUAUCCAUAAUAAUAAUAAUAAUAAUAAUAAUACGACGGAGGGGAAAAUACUUGUAAAGCUCUGAAGCGCAGCACCUUGCAGCAUGCUAUUGUGAUAGAAGACAAAACAAAACAAAACAAAAAAACAAAAACAGUAUUCUGUGGUUCUUUUUAGUUGUGGUAGCGUGUAGGUGUCAUGUCAUAUUGAUGUAAAUAUUAAUUAAUUGUCUUUUUCUCUCGGACGUGUUUCAACUUGAGCUCUUUCUCCAAGUGGAGUGUUUUGAAAAUUGAAAAUGUCGUAAGAAGAAGAAAAAAAAAAUUAGCAAAUAAAGCUGCUGCCAUUUGAAUGUAAACCAGGGCCCACCGAGCCUCGUCGUGCAUACUCGGAUUGUUUAGGCUGUCGAUGUGUGUGUUUGUGCGCGUGUGUGUCUGUGUGCGUGCGUGUGCGGGUGUUUGUGUGCGUGCGUGCGUGUGCAAAUCUAGGCAGUGAUGUCAAAUUUUGUUUUCUUCUCGCCAACAAGCUUUUUGUAUGUACACGUGAACUCAUAGCGCUUGGAAAUAAAAAGUUUCUCUCUCUCUCGUGCGCGAGUUUUCUGAUACUUUUCUUUCCCGGUUCA